AUGUUAGAUGAACUUCAUAGACAAGAACGUGAAGAGCUAGAGAACAAGCUUGAAGCAAAAGACAAAAACAUACAGAAAAGAAUACCACGUUCGGUACCAAAAGGAAAGGAAAAGAACUAUAAGUAUAUGAUUUACACUGAAGAGAUGGAAAAUGAAGAAGACAGAGAUAUGGUUAUGUUGCAUUUAGUCAGAAGAAACAACAAAAGCUUUUACGACCUUGCUAAGAUUUACAAAUCUGACAGAAAUUGGUUCUAUCGCGAAAACUUACCGAUUUCAAUGACACCGAAUGAAGAUGUGAAACAAAUAGUUCAAGAUACUUUACCUCAAACACACUAUGAUAUGAAAGGUUGUACAAUACUUACAUUCAAAGAAGAUUUGCCAUUGUUAAAGGAAAAAAUAACAGAGUAUUUUGACAACUUCAAACAAGCAGAGUAA